AUUUGUUAGUGACAGAUGUUUUCAAAAAUGUGCGAGGUCCUUUCUGCUGGAACGAAAAUGUUUGACAUUUCCAAUUUGCCAAUCAAAAUUUGAAAGAUAAAUAAAAAAAAAAAAAAAAAACAGUUAAUGAUGCAGGGUAUUUUAAGAGAGGUGCAAGAAUUCGUUGUCCUACCCAGCAAAUCAGUGGGCAACGGUGACUCGAAUGUCCAGUUAUCAGAUAUUUCCAAAGAUAUCUUACAACUCCAGAAUGUGGUACAGAGCCAGCUUGAAGGUUAUACAUCUUGGUCAACAAAUGUAACAAAGCGUCUAAUUGCUCUUUACAAAUCACACCACACCCAAAUAGGAAUAAAAAUUACGAAACAAAAGAAGUUAUGGGAAAUCAUAGCGGAAAUUUUGAAUAAGGAGUUCCAUCUAAAACUAACAGCUUCUCAGGUGGAAAAUAAGUGGAGAACUCUCUUGAGGGCAUACAAAAACGUGACUGACAAUAACAACAAAACAGGCAGAGGUAGUAAAGUUUUUCAAUAUCAGGAGGAAAUGGAUAUCAUUUUUUGUAAAAAAAAGAAUAUAAAUCCAGAGGUACUGUUAAGCAAUGAAACCAUUGUUGCUAUACCUGAAAGUAUUACUUCUACAAUCCAGAAUAAAAAAGAUGAACAUAAUUCGGAAAGCCCUUUGAGUUCAAGAAUGGAAUUUGUUUCUGAUACACCUACACAUUCUGAAAUGCCCAUGAAAAACAGUGAUUUAGAGCAAAGAAGCAUAAAAAUAAAAAGAAUUGUGUCCAGGUACGAUGUUCUCGAAAAAAUUAGAUUAGACAGACAAAAGCAACACGAACAGAUAGUAAGGAAAAUAGAGGAGCGAAUACAAUUGCAAAAGCAAAAAUUGACUGAACGUAAAAGGCAAAAUGAUAUACAGGAAGAGAGGAACACUAUUCUUCGAAAGUAUCUUGAAAAUAGUUAUAAUAAUAUAUGUGGUUGA